AUGAAUUUGAUCACAUCUGAAGAGAAAAAUGAUGGAAAAGAAAUUGCACAAUGGAACAAAAAUUUAGUAGACAUCUUUUGUGCUUUGUGUGUGAAAAGUAUUGAAGCUGGUAGCAAACCGGGCACACAUUUUGAUACCAAAGAUUGGAAGAAUUGGAAGCAAUUGAAAGGGAACGAGACUGGACUUGGAUGGGAUUCUGCUAAAAAGACAAUUGAUGCAAGUGAAGAGUGGUGGGCUAAAAAAUUAGCGGUUAUUCCAAAGGCUAAAAAAUUUAGAAAAGAAGGGAUUCAUCCAGAUUUUGAGGCAACAUUGGAUAGGAUGUUUCAAAGAACAGCUGCAACAGGAGAAGAUGCUUGGACUCCAUCUUCCGGAAUAGUUCCUUCUUCAAUUGAGAAAAAUACACAACUUGAAGAUAGUGAAGAUUCUGAUAUAGAGCCUGAGUCUAGUGUUAUAAACAUUAAAAGAAAAAGGGAAAAUUUCACUAAUGCUAAUGCUUACAAGAAAGCAAAAAAAGUUGGAGGUGCUCAGAAAUUGUCACACCAAAUUGAUAGACUUUGUGAGGCUGUGGAACGUAGGAGCUCCAAUAAAAAUGAUACUUUGGGACCUAGUAUAACUCAAGCAAUAGAAGAAUUGGAUGCUAUACCGGAUAUAGAUCCACUUGAACAAAUUUAUAUGUUUGCAACUCGACUCUUCUUGGAUAAAGAUAAAAGAGAGCUGUUCGUUGCCUUAAAGCAUAAAGAAGUCAAAAUUGCGUGGUUAAUGAACGAAAAGAAUGUCCAAGAGGAGAAGGAGAAUAAUUUAUUUACAAAGCUUUUUUAA